AUGGCUCCCAAACCAGAUACUCCUUUCCGCUCUGCGGACAUGAGCAUGGUUCAGCUCUAUGUCUCCAAUGAAAUCGGUCGUGAAGUUGUUACGGCGCUCGGUGAGCUUGGCCUUUGCCAAUUCCGCGAUCUCAACAAGAAUGUCAGCGCUUUCCAGCGCACUUUCACCCAGGAGAUUCGACGUCUUGAUAAUGUUGAGCGACAGCUGCGAUACUUUUACGCUCAGAUGGACAAGAUUGGUAUCCCGCUCAGGAAGCUGGACCUCGACGUUGAGAGACUUGCAUCGCCAUCGACUUCCGAAAUCGACGAGCUUGCCGAGCGAAGCCAGAAGCUGGAACAGCGUGUCUCUGCCCUGAACGAGAGUUACGAGACUCUGAAGAAGCGCGAGGGCGACUUGACCGAGUGGCGAUGGGUUCUUCGCGAGGCCGGCAGUUUCUUCGACCGCGCCCAUGGAAACGUUGAGGAGAUUCGCGCUUCUACUGAUAACGACGAUGCACCUCUGCUGUCCGACAUCGAGAACAACCACAGUGCCCCUGACGCCGAGCGCUCAUUCUCUGGCAUGAACAUUGGCUUUGUCGCUGGAGUUAUUGCUAGAGACAGAGUCGCUUCAUUCGAGCGUAUCCUUUGGCGAACCCUUCGUGGUAACCUUUACAUGAACCAGUCUGAGAUCCCUGAGCCUUUGAUUGAUCCUACCAACAACGAAUCGAUUCACAAGAACGUUUUCGUCAUCUUUGCUCACGGCAAGGAGAUUCUCAACAAGAUCCGCAAGAUCUCGGAGUCCAUGGGCGCUGAUGUCUACAACGUCGAUGAGAACAGCGACCUUCGACGUGACCAGAUCCACGAGGUCAACAACCGUCUGGAGGAUGUCCAGAACGUCCUUCAGAACACCCAGGCCACUCUCCAGGCAGAGCUCAACCAGAUCUCCCAGUCGCUUUCGGCCUGGAUGGUCCUCGUCGCCAAGGAGAAGGCUGUAUAUGACGCGCUCAACAACUUUUCUUACGAUAGCGCUCGACGAACCCUCAUUGCCGAGGCCUGGGUUCCUACCAAUGAUCUUCCCUUGAUCAGGACAACCCUUCAGGACGUUACUAACAGAGCUGGUCUCUCCGUCCCUUCCAUCAUCAAUAAGAUCCAAACCAACAAGACUCCGCCAACUUACCUGAAGACCAACAAGAUUACUGAAGGUUUCCAGACCAUUGUUAAUGCUUACGGAACCGCUACAUACCAGGAAGUCAACCCGGCCAUCCCUGUCUUUGUUACUUUCCCUUUCCUUUUUGCUGUCAUGUUCGGUGAUUUUGGCCACGCCAUUAUCAUGCUUUCGGCAGCCCUCGCUAUGAUCUACUGGGAGAAGUCGCUGAAGAAGGUUAGCUUUGAGCUUUUCGCCAUGAUCUUCUACGGUCGAUACAUCGCCCUUGUCAUGGCCGUCUUCUCCGUCUUCACUGGUCUCGUCUACAACGAUGUUUUCUCUAUGUCUAUGACUCUCUUCGAGAGUGCAUGGGAGUUCAAGAAGCCUGACGGAUACACCAACACCACUUCCAUCACCGCUACCUUGAACGAGGAUGGUUACCGCUACCCCUUUGGUCUGGAUUAUGCUUGGCACGGUAGUGAGAACGAUCUUCUCUUCAGCAACAGUUUGAAGAUGAAGAUGAGUAUCAUCCUGGGUUGGGCUCACAUGACCUACUCGCUCUGCUUCGCUUACAUCAAUGCUCGUCACUUCAAGAAGCCCAUCGAUAUCUGGGGUAACUUUGUCCCUGGCAUGAUCUUCUUCCAGUCUAUCUUCGGUUACCUCGUUGGAUGUAUCAUCUACAAGUGGUCCGUCGAUUGGAUGGGUACUGGCCGCCAGCCUCCUGGUCUGCUGAACAUGCUCAUCUACAUGUUCCUCCAGCCUGGAACCAUUCCCGAUGGCGAACAGCUCUACCCUGGACAGUCAGUUGUUCAAGUUAUCCUGUUGCUCUUGGCUUUCGCCCAGGUCCCCAUUCUUCUGCUCCUCAAGCCUCUCUACCUUCGAUGGGAGAACAACCGAGCACGUGCGAAGGGUUACCGUAGUAUAGGUGAAACUUCCCGAGUUAGUGCUUUGGAUGGCGAUGAUGAUGAUGCUGCCAAUGGUCAUGGCAACAGCUUUGACGAAGAUGGCGAGGGAGUUGCUAUGAUCUCUCAGAACAUUGAUGAGGAGCAUGAGGAGUUUGAGUUUAGUGAGGUUAUGAUUCACCAAGUCAUUCACACUAUUGCCAUUGCUAUUCUCGUGUGUAUGGAGGGUACCAGUGCCAUGUUGCACUCCCUUCGUCUCGCUUGGGUCGAGUCGUUCUCCAAGUUCGCUGAGUUUGCGGGUUGGCCUUUUGCGCCUUUCUCGUUCAACACUCUGCUGGAAGAGUCGGAAGAGCUCAAGGAUUACUUGGGUUAA